UAAUCCCUGUCCACAGUAUUAACACUUCCCUUCUAGAAGUGGUGUUUCUUUGGGGCCACCGAGCACAUUUGCUGACCUGUGAGUGCCGAAGUCUCAACGCAGGCUUCCAGGAAACUGCGUGAGGACAGAAAGGUCAGAGGGAGGGCCUGAGAAAUGAGCUGAGCCAAGGAGCAGAGAGAAGAGGCAGGGUGAAGGCAGUGCGGGCUUUCCAGAAGCAGGUGGCCCUCAGUGCGGACAGCAUCCUUCCCUGGCCCUCUGCCCCUCUUUCCAGGGUCUCUUGCCCUGGAAGCCCAGCAGUUUGCCCCAACUCCCCAUUAACUGCCUCUGCCCCCCAUCUCCUAGGUGAUGCUUCUGGGAGACUCAGGCGUUGGCAAAACCUGUUUCCUGAUCCAAUUCAAAGACGGGGCCUUCCUGUCCGGGACCUUCAUAGCCACGGUCGGCAUAGACUUCAGGAACAAGGUGGUGACCGUGGACGGUGUGAGGGUGAAGUUGCAGAUCUGGGAUACAGCCGGGCAGGAGCGAUUCCGCAGUGUCACCCAUGCUUAUUACCGAGAUGCCCAGGCCUUGCUCCUGCUCUACGACAUCACCGACAAGUCGUCUUUCGACAACAUCCGGGUAGGUCCUCCUCUUCGCUCACCACCCCGCAGGAGCCAAGGCGGGGCCUCCGGGAGCUAGGACUGCUUCCUGCUUUGGGGGGAAGGGGGAGGAGCAUGGAACACCACCGCCUUUUUAAAAACACCUGCGCUGUGACUCAGAAGGAAUAAGCCGCCGCUGGGCAUCUGGUCGGCAUGUGGGCAUAAAGGCCAAGCAGGCCACUGGGUGCCCAUGCCACCUGCUUCGCCCUGGCUGUGAUUCCUGAGCGCGGUUGGUGACAAAGUGUUCGCAAAGUACGCAGCUCUGCCAGGGACAAUUACCCACCCGCAGGGACCAAGGGGAGAACCCAGGCACGAGAGUCUCUCCAGCCAGCCAGCCCAGGUGGCAAAGAAAGCGAUUCAGGCAGACAGUGGGGGGGUUCUGUCCUCACCAAACUAUUACAGAGUAGGGAUAAAAGUUCAACAAGUGUUACAGCCC